AUGGAAAAGGCAAUCCGCGAAGUACAAGAUACAAUAGGGGAAGACAGCAUCAGCAUCGACGAUGAAGUUCUCCAUGCCCAUGGUUAUUCCAAUUGGGCAAACCACAACAUUGACAAACUGCCGGUCGCAGUUGUGUUCCCCACAUCGACCGAGGAAGUUUCUCAAAUGGUCAAAAUCUGCAAUAAAUACAAAAUACCGAUCAUCCCAUUCUCUGGCGGCUCCAGUAUCGAAGGCAACUUCGCAGCGCCAUUUGGAGGAAUGAGUUUUGACUUUGUCCAUAUGGCAAAUAUUUUGCAACUUCACCCAGCUGACAUGGAUGUCGUUGUUCAACCAUCCGUUUCAUGGAUGGACCUGAAUGAGAAAAUCAAAGACAGCGGUUUAUUCUUUCCUAUUGAUCCAGGUCCAAGUGCGAAGAUUGGUGGAAUGGUGGGUACAAACUGUAGCGGUACGAAUGCUGUUCGAUAUGGCACCAUGAGAGAUUGGGUGGUCAAUCUAACCGUCGUGCUUGCUGAUGGCCAGGUAGUCAAGACGCGACGACGGCCCAGGAAGUCUUCUGCAGGCUACAAUCUUACUGGAUUGUUUGUCGGAUCGGAAGGAACACUUGGGGUAGUGACAGAGAUCACCUUGAAACUGACAACUAUCCCUGAAGAAACAGGAGUUGGCGUUGUCACAUUUCCGUCAAUGAGAGCGGCAGCCAAGGCAGCAGUGGACGUUGUGCACAAGGCGAUUCCAGUCGGAGCGGUGGAAAUUCUUGACGAUGUCCAGAUGAAUGUGAUCAACCGGGCGGGUAAUACCGAUCGAAAAUGGAAAGAGACUCCCACGCUUUUCUUCAAAUUCGCCGGCACCACGGGCGCGGUCAAAGACAGCAUUGCUCAAGUCGGUCAGGUGGUCAAGGCGCAUGGAGGGAGUGACUUUGAAUUUGCGAGGGAUGAAGCUGAGCAAAAGAGCCUGUGGUCUGCCCGGAAAGAAGCACUCUGGAGCAUGUUGAGCCUGAGAACGCACGGAAACGAAGUCUGGUCGACCGAUGUGGCCGUUCCACUUUCACGGGUGGCCGAUCUUGUUGAAGUUUGCAAAGAAGAGAUGGACGCCCUUGGUCUCUUCGGCAGUAUGAUGGGCCACAUAGGAGACGGCAACUUCCACGAGACCAUUCUGUAUGACGGCGAGAAAGAGAAAGAAGAGGUGAAGAGAUGCGUCCACAGCAUGGUUCAACGUGCUAUAGAAAUGGAGGGUACCUGCACCGGUGAACAUGGCGUUGGUCUGGGAAAGAAGGAAUUUUUACCUGAGGAAUUAGGACUUGGGACACUGGAAGUGAUGAGAACAAUCAAGAAGAGCUUGGAUCCACAUUGGCUACUGAAUCCCGGGAAGAUCUUUGAUGCAUGA